AGAGCGCCAGAGGCCGCCUGGUGGGACUUGCCUGGUAUCAAGGGAGGUGCGCAGGUUAAGUUGGGGGCCAGGUUCUUAAGCCUGUCCAAGAAUAAAGAACAAAUCAAGGCUAUACGAGAGGCGGGCAGCAGUACGGAUCACUGCGUGGCCGUGGUGGCGGUGCUCAUCUCCAAGGCAACGGGACUUAAGUGCGGAAAAACCGUUUACGUGAAAGUAUCAUCGUCUGAAUUCGAAGCGCAGACCUUCAUCGCAUCGGAGAGUAAGUAUACCUACAUGAAGUAUGCCGUAGAACUUACGGACAGUAAUUAUACUUACAUUAGGCAUGUUAGUUAGUAUGUAUGCGAUAGAUCUUACGGAGAGUAAGUAU